GUCUAUAAACAUAUUCAGAUUCAUUUACACUUGAGAAGAAAACGAUUUUAUAAAAAUAUCGUGUUAGAUAAAGAAUACUAGUAAUAACUGUCAAUUUCGUAGACUGUUUUCAAUUACCUGGAAAAUUUAAUUUAGAAAUUGCUUUCAAAUAGGCAAAGGCACCGGAAUAUCCAGAUAAUCAAUGGCUGAAAAAUUUUGGAUAAUUAUUCUUCUUUGCCAUCUUCCGCAAAAAUCAUCGGCGACUGAAAACAGGUACACGGAAAUGAAUAUUAUAGAGCAAGUGGAAAAGUAUGGAUAUCCUAUUGAAGAACAUGAAGUUCAAACACAUGAUGACUAUCUUCUGACUGUUUUUCGUAUUCCACAUGGAACAAAUGGUAGUUUCCUUCCAAAUAGAACCGCUGUACUUAUUACCCAUGGCUUGUUUGGGUCUGCCGAAAAUUUCGUUAUGCUUGGCCCGAAUAAGUCUUUGGCUUACAUGCUAGCAGAUAACGGCUACGAUGUCUGGCUAAUGAACUCCAGAGGAACUUGGCACUCUAGAAAACAUAAAACAAUGAAUCCAGAUGAGGACGGAGCUUACUGGAAAUUUACGUGGCACGAAAUUGGGGUGUUCGAUAUUCCUGCUAUCAUAGAUUAUAUUUUGGAUAUGACCAAAGAUAAUGCGAUACACUACGUAGGUCAUUCACAAGGAGCCACAAGUUUGUUUGUAAUGGGAUCUGAAAAACGUCAUUAUAACAAGAAAAUAAAAUUAAUGAUUGCCAUGGCACCUGCAGCAAUCUUUCGGAACGUGAAGAUACCAAUUUUGAAAAUCUUGGCAACCUUUUAUAAAACACUGCAGAUUUUAGCUGAUCGCAUCAAUAUUUUCGAAUUUCCUCCACCAUUUUUCUCUGCCGAGAUGAUUAGACAUAUAUUAGGAGAAAUAUGCAGCCUGAAUACGAUGCUUUUGAACUUUUGCAAAAUUUUUAUAGAUAUAUUCAAUGGUGAUGAAGAAGAACUUCUGGAUCUGGAUUCACUUCCUUCAUUAUUUACCGCAAUACCUGCAGGAUGUUCGACAAAACAACUUUGGCACUUUGCUCAGCUUAUAGAGUCAGGAAAUUUCAAAACAUUCGAUUGGGGAGAAAAAGAAAAUAUAAAAAAAUAUGGAACUAAAACUCCAUCAAGCUAUGAUUUCAGAAAAAUUACUUUUCCAGUGGCCUUGAUUUUCGGAAGAAAUGACAUGAUAGUUACAAAAGAAGACGUGAAAAUUGUAUCCAGGUUGUUACCCAACGUGAUUGCUGAUUAUGAAGUGUCAGAUGACAGGUUUGGUCAUCUUGAUUUUGUGAUGGCAAAAAAUGUUGAUGUCGUAUUGAAUAGGAAAGUAAUAAAACUAUUGAAGAAAUAUGACUAGUAACGGAAAUCUAAGCAGCAAAAUUGGAUUCGUACGAAUUAAUGGUCGAAGAGAGCCUUCGUAAGAAAUUUAUGAAUAACAACUUUCUUCUGGGAUAAUUUCCUUUACAGGAGAUUUAUAGAUGAACCAUAGUGGAAUUGAUAUUUUUGAACAACAU